UCCUUGUUCCAUCAACUGUGUAGUAAGCUAUAAAACUACAGUACUCCAUUAUCAUAUUGGUAUUCUAUAACUACAUUCACCCUUUUCAGAUGCCAGAACAUAAAAUCUAUUUCAGCAAAUAUUUUUCCACCAACACCGUUUAUAACUGGCACAACGAAGACAUUUCUGAUUUUAUUUCACUAAAUUAAUCACCCAUUUGCUUUUCUGUGUUCCCACACAAAAGCUGACGUGCACGCUAAAAGCAGGAGGAUGUAAAAUAUCAGGAGAACAAUGGACCUAAAAAGCAUGAGUCUGUGAAACUGGAAUUAGGCUGUGACCGAGUGUGAGGGGAUUUAAGGGGUUUCCCCCAGAGUAAAGAAAUUAGGCCAUCUGUGUUUUGUUUCAUUUGGGUCACCUUGAUAGUUUCACUAAAUUAAAGCCUUCCUGGUGCUCAAUCCAUAGUGCUUUCUAUAUAGCCACCUCAGCGCAGCUGUUUUAGCGCAUUUGGUAACCCAUAAAUCAAGUUCCAUAAAACUAGCGAAAACGCAGCCUAAUCACCAAAUUGAAACCAGAAAUGACACCGAAUCAUUAAAGGGAAUCUUGCUUCCGUUUUAUAACCCAACAGAGAUGGUGGGAGGCACAUAAAGAAAGACAAAAAGGCAAGGGCAAACGUUUUCACGAAGAAGCACUUAGGUUAAUUAAGUCAUUGAACCCGCUGCCCUCAGCAAAGAUGUCCGCUGCGGACGGCUCGGUAACCUGCGGGCGGAGCCAAUGAGCGCGAAGCUUGAGUUGAGGUGGGGUACAAGCAGCCAAUCAGAACGGGGAUCUUUGGAAGACCACUGAGGCAAUUCUUAGGAAGAAAACAUGAAAGAGGGGGGGAAACGGCUUAAGAGUCGCAGAGUGGAGCAGAAGAAGUGCCGCGUUGUUUUCAGAGAUGUAGAGAGAAGGAACUGAAUGUCUCUUUAAUUAACCAGAGGGACCCAUGACCCUGACACGAGGAUCCUUCACCUAUUCCAACGGAGAGGAGUACCAUGGAGAGUGGAAAGAAGGUCUGCGUCACGGCCUGGGUCAGCUGAUCUUCAGCGACGGGACGUGCUUCACCGGACAGUUUGAGAACGGCCUGUUCAACGGCUGCGGCGUUCUGGUGUUUCCUGAUGGAUCCAGGUAUGAAGGUGAAUUUGUGCAGGGGAAGUUCCAGGGAGUCGGCGUUUUCACUCGCUUCGAUGGCAUGAAGUUUGAGGGAGAAUUUAAAGGCGGGUGUGUGGACGGCCACGGCCUGCUGACCUUUGCGGACGGCGGACGAGGCGGCAGCCAUGAGGGCCUGUUUGAGACCAACCAGCUGAAAAGAAGAGAGAGCAGCCAUGCAGCCGUUCAGAGAGCGCAGGCGGCGUCGGCCAAAGCCAGAGCUCUGGCCUUGUGACGUGGACCGGACCACCCACACCGACCCCUGGUACCGGGGUCGUCCUCCUCCCGUCAGUCUGACCUCCUCAAUACUACGUCUCUAAUGCU